CCUUCUGGCUCUUAGCCUGCGGGGUUGGGGCUGGCGCAGCUCUAGUUCCUUUCCUCCUCUGCCGCCUGCGCUGCCUCCGCCGCCUCCGCCCGCCUUCGCCUGCCUCCGCCUCAGUCUCCCACGCCUCCGAACAGGCCGCGGUUACCGGUUUGCGAUUCCCGGGCUUAAACUCUACAGCUCCAGUGUCCCGGUGUCGGUGCUCCUGCGAGAUGACGCUCAAGUCGAGCGAAGGCGAGGGUGGGAAUAGCAUGCGCACCGCGCUCUCGGACCUCUACCUGGAACACUUGCUACAGAAGCGCAACCGACCUGAGAUGAAGGGAAAAAAAAGGAAAAGUGAAGAAUUGGCUGCAUUGAAUCAGUUGAAUGUUGCCACUGAGGACAUGUACACCAAUGGGUCUACUGUUCCAGGUAGCCCUGCCCAUUCUAAAGGGCAAGAGGCAAGGAAAGUACGUCUCAUACAGUUUGAGAAGAUCACAGAGGAGCCCAUGGGAAUUACUUUGAAGCUGAAUGAAAAACAGUCAUGUACUGUGGCCAGAAUUCUCCAUGGUGGCAUGAUUCAUAGACAAGGCUCUCUUCACGUGGGGGAUGAGAUCCUAGAAAUCAAUGGCACAAAUGUGACUAAUCACUCAGUAGACCAGCUGCAGAAGGCAAUGAAGGAAACCAAAGGAAUGAUCUCAUUAAAAGUAAUUCCUAAUCAGCAGAGUCGUCUUCCUGCACUACAGAUGUUCAUGAGAGCACAGUUCGACUAUGAUCCCAAAAAGGACAAUCUUAUCCCUUGUAAGGAGGCAGGACUGAAGUUUAUUACUGGAGACAUUAUCCAGAUUAUCAACAAAGAUGACAGCAACUGGUGGCAGGGGCGGGUGGAAGGCUCUUCCAAGGAGUCUGCAGGAUUGAUCCCUUCUCCUGAGCUGCAGGAAUGGAGAGUGGCAAGUGUGGCUCAAUCUGCUCCAAAUGAAGCUCCAAGCUGCAGUCCCUUUGGGAAGAAGAAGAAGUAUAAAGACAAGUAUCUGGCUAAGCACAGUUCAAUUUUUGACCAGUUGGAUGUUGUUUCCUAUGAGGAAGUUGUCCGACUCCCUGCAUUCAAGAGGAAGACCCUGGUGCUGAUCGGAGCCAGUGGGGUAGGUCGCAGCCAUAUUAAGAAUGCUCUGCUCAGCCAGAAUCCAGAGAAGUUUGUAUACCCUGUCCCAUAUACAACACGGCCACCAAGGAAGAAUGAAGAAGAUGGAAAGGAAUAUCACUUCAUCUCAACAGAGGAAAUGACAAGGAACAUCUCUGCCAACGAGUUCUUGGAGUUUGGCAGCUAUCAGGGCAACAUGUUUGGCACUAAAUUCGAAACAGUGCACCAGAUUCAUAAGCAGGACAAGAUUGCCAUCCUUGACAUUGAGCCCCAGACCCUGAAGAUUGUUCGGACAGCUGAGCUUUCACCUUUCAUUGUGUUCAUCGAACCUACUGAUCAGGGCACUCAGACUGAAGCCCUGCAGCAGCUGCAGAAGGACUCUGAGGCCAUCCGUAGUCAAUAUUCUCACUACUUUGACCUCUCUUUGGUGAAUAAUGGUGUUGAUGAAACUCUUAAGAAAUUGCAAGAAGCCUUUGACCAGGCUUGCAGUUCUCCACAGUGGGUACCUGUCUCCUGGGUUUACUAAGCUUACAGAAUUGGAGAACCUGUUCCAGCCUCUCCCCAGCAUUCGGAAUGCCACCCCUCGCUUAAAUCAAACAGGGCUGCUUCAUCUUCUAGCUA